GUAAAUUUCAGCAGAAAACAUAACAAAGCUAAAAAUAGUUUGUUAAACUGAAUUUCAAUUAUAAAUAAAUCAAGCACGAAAAAUAGCUAAUUAUGGAUGAUUUUUCAAUGCGUGUGCAGUGCUGCACUCGCUUGCUGAAGGCUUUUAGACGUUUCCGUCGUCCGGCUACGGCCAAACAGAUUAGUUCGCGUCUGGCCAAACUGCUGGACAUGGACGAGCGGCUGAUGACCAAACUGGUGCGCGAUUUACUGUCUGAGGCCGUAGCGAAGGGAGCCCUGGGGCUACAUGUGGAUUCAAACACUCAGCGCUACUAUUGCCCAGGCAUCGAGCGGGCCAAUAAGCAGCUGGUGCGUGAGUUUCUCCAAUGCCGUGCCACAAUGCCGAGUCUGCAGCGUCUGGAGCAGGCGCUGUUCUUGAAGGGUUUCUACUGACUGUAGCGGAAAUAGAAUAAAGGUGGCAAGCUUGUUGGCUUAGCCAAAGCAACUGCUAGUUGCUCUUUAACUGUA